GUGUUCACUCUAAUUUACUUAGUUGAGUAUGGAAUUUCGAAGCUUCGUUAAAAUACUUCUGGUAGUCUUUUGUUUGGUGAUCGAAGCCACACAAAACGAAGAUGGUACCGCUGGAUUGGUGCCAAAUCCGCGUAUUUUAGGCGGUUUGAUUGCGGGCACAGGACAAUUCCCAUAUCAGGUAUCGGUACGUUUGAAUAAGCAACAUAUUUGUGGUGGCGCAUUGCUUUCGCGCAAGUUUGUGCUUACGGCAGCACAUUGUGUAAAUAAUGUUGAAACAUCAUUCAUAGGAGUACAAGCCGGCACUGUGAGUCGUACCGCCGGCGGUGAUUACCGAGAAGUUUCUACUGUUAUCCCACAUCCGCAGUAUUUGUUCGAUAAUGAUAUUGCUUUGCUAGAGCUGAAAACACCAUUCAACUACUCGGACGUUAUAAAACCAAUAACUUUUGCUGAUCGAGAAGUGCCAGCAGAAGUAACGGUUAUCAUUUCCGGUUGGGGUCGCUUAUACGAAGGUAGUGUGCUCUCAACUAGAUUACUUUAUAGUAGAGCAUUGACAACUGUGAAGGAUCAAGAAUGUGCUCAAGCUACCGGUACACCUACACCCAGUAUACUAUGCCUUCGUAAUCCUAAGGGAACCGGUUUUUGUGAUGGUGAUGAUGGUGGACCUGCCGUUUAUAGAAACGUACUGAUAGGUAUUGCCAGUUAUAAUGCAGAAGCUUUCGGCACAGCUUCAAAAGGUGGCUUUACUAAAGUGUCUUAUUAUAGCAAUUGGAUAAAAGCAAUUAUUAAAGGCUAAUUGUCGAUUUUUGACGCUUAAAUGUAUUUUGCAUUUACACACAGUAAAUAUUAAAUAAAAUUGCAAAAUUGAAGAAAA